CAAACCGGUGUGCUCGGAUACAUGCUGUAGCUGCUCGCCCGCACUGCAGAUUAACUCUUACCGUGCCGGGAGAUGCAGCGAGACAUGAAAAGGAUUGGUCAGAGCUUCCCUUGACUAAAGCUCGCAUUUCAACUCUUCAGCCAGCCAGCUCUUUCCCUAGGGAUCACAAGGAGGCCUGCUAAACUCAGCUCAUCCCUCAACCUGCCACACAGAGUGGGACAGAGGCCUGGCACUGUGGAGAUGGGGACACACAUAGGGAUGCGCACAGAAGAGGCAAAGGGAGGAGUGUGCUUCUGAUCGUUAUGCCUGGUCAGCUAAAAGAGAAAAGCAGUGGUAAACUGUAGAACACUCAAGAAGCACACCACACAGCAUGAGGUUCCUUACGGUUGGUGACAGGGGCUGAAGUUGGCCAAUAAUUUCUGUCUUGGGGAGUGUUUCACUUCAGCAGGGAGUGUCGAGCCUCCCCUCCAGUCCAGAGGGAGGUUGUGGCGAGCGGCCCUUGUGUUUCCGGAUGCAGAACAUCCUCGAUCAGAACUUAGACAUGGCCACGGCUCUACUCGCCGGCGAGAAGCUGAAGGAGCUGAUCCUGCCGGGCUCCUCUCAGGAUGAGAGGGGGGGGUUACUGGCCGGCCUCCUGGUGCAGCUCAAACUGGAGCUGCCCUUCGACCGCGUUGUCACCAUAGGGACGGUCAUCAUCCCCAUCCUGCUGGUCACCCUCGUCUUCACAAGGAACUUUGCAGAUUUUUUCUCAUUUUUGUCCUAUUUCUCAGAGGAGUCCAUUUACUGUUACACACCACACAACUUCACCAGAGACCAGGCACUGUAUGCAAGAGGCUACUGCUGGACAGAGCUGCGCGAUGCUAAACCUGGUUUGGAGUCUCACCUUUGGCCUUCACUUUUUGAACACAAGUUCCUGCCCUAUGCCCUGCUGGCCUUCGCUGGAAUCAUGUAUAUUCCUGCUUUGGGCUGGGAGUUCCUUGCCUCUACGCGGCUCACUUCAGAGCUCAAUUUCCUGCUUCAAGAAAUUGAUAAUUGCUACCAUCGAGCCGCUGAGGGCCGAGCACCGAAGAUCGAGAAGCAGAUUCAAUCCAAAGGACCUGGCAUUACCGAGCGAGAGAGGCGGGAGAUCAUAGAGAACGCAGAGAAGGAGAAAAGCCCCGAGCAGAACCUGUUUGAGAAAUAUUUAGAAAGACGAGGCGAAAGUAACUUUCUAGCUAAGCUUUACCUGGGGCGCCACCUGGCUAUUAUCUGCCUCAGUACCAUCCCCAUUUCCUACCUGAGCGCCUACUAUGCCCGCCAAAGGCAGAAUGAGUUCACCUGUGCCCUUGGUGAGCCCCCGGACAUCAGCAGCUACUUCGAGCUGAAGCUCAGGGUCAACUGUAAGCUGCCUGCGGUGCAGCUGCAGCGCAUCAUGGCAGCAGUGGAUAUCUCUCUGCUCUGCACCAUGAACCUCAUCAUCCUGCUUAAUUUGCUGCACUUGUUUGUGGUGCGCAAAUCCAACUUUGUAUUUGACAAACUGCAUAAAGUUGGCAUUAAAACACGGCGACGCUGGCAGAAGUCUCAGUUCUGUGACAUCAACAUCCUGGCCAUGUUCUGCAACGAGAACAGGGACCACAUCAAGUCGCUCAACCGGCUGGACUUCAUCACCAAUGAGAGCGACCUCAUGUAUGAUAAUGUAGUCAGGCAGCUGCUGGCUGCGCUUGCACAAUCCAACCAUGACGCUACGCCCACCGUGAGGGACUCUGGGAUACAAACCAUCGAUGGCAACAUGGACCCCUCUGAACUUGGGAUGGGAGACAUGACUGGGGAGCCGCUGGUCCUCAAACGGCCACGCAAGAAGAUGAAAUGGAUCCCAAGCUCAAAUCCUCUCCCUCAGCCAUUCAAGGAACCCCUUACCCUGACACGUCUGGAAAAUAGCAACAAGCCUGAAAAACCCAAACCAGUAAGACGAAAGACGGCGGCAGACAGCUUCAUUGCACCACUUCUGGAUACCAAAAGCACACAAUACCCUAUCACAAAAGAUAUGAGUAUGAUGGAGAAAAAGCACCCUCGAAACUUCUCUCUGGACGUCCACCCAUACAUGCUGACCAUUCGUAAGCCCAAGGUGGAUGUAGCAACAGCCGAGCCUCUGCCCCCAGUGCUCAACCUGGAUACAGUUUACCUUGAAGGCACACACACUAUCGUUCAUGUGUCAGGUUCAAUUACAGAAACUAAGAUUUGCUCUCCAAAAUCGACCAACACUGCCUUUUCUACGAUGACCUUGCCCACCAACUCUUACGUUAAUGGCGUGAGCCCAAACCCUCCCUCCAGUGAGGACCCCCUCAGUCCCAAGUCUUCUCCAACCCCUGUCCUUCUUCCUCCGCCUACCCCUCCGAGGGAGCCUCCCCCCCAGGCGGAGAACCCUGAGUGUCCACCACCAGCCCUGACCAGAGCCCCUACACACCAGCUGAUGAGCAUACAUCAUACUCUGUUUGAGGGAGAAGAGGAUGAAGAACAACGCAGGGAUAGACUGGCAGAGAGACCCGGGGAGCUCAUCGCUGCUGGGGAAUGUUGAAGGAGGAGAAAAAGAGGGACGCUGAACAAGAUUCCUCUAGCCCACUCUACACUGCGCACAUGACCAGCAUGUCAACCACUUCCUAUUGACAGUCACCUCUACUCUUAAAAUCAACUCACACUCGUCUGUGAUGGGAGGAUUAGACAGUGAGGACAUGACAUGGAAACUCCGGUAGUCCUAAAAGAGAAAUGACCGAGACGGGGAAAUUAUUCAGAGGGGAUAAUAUAAACGUUUGUUUGUAAUUAAUAAUGCUGACCAGAGUACUGCUGUAGGAAAUGAUGUCACAUUCAUGUCUCAGGAUGACUGUGUACAGCUAAACAUCCUCAAAUGAAACCAGCAGAGGUAUAAUUCAACAGGGUGCUAAAGUGCAGGAUCCAACAGCUAUAUUAAAAAGGCUUAAUGAAAGGAAAAGCAGCAAUGAGAGGUGAGUGAGCUUUCAAAAAUAUAAAUAAAAAAAGACACACACCUUAAAAGAAGACGGCAUUACAGCUUCAAACUAAAAUGUAUUUUAAACACAUAUGAUAUAGCGCUUAGUCCCUUUAUCCCAAUAGCCAGGUAGAAAGGUAGCUUACGCAAUACAGUUGAGAUCUGCACAAUUAAUAUGCAAAAGAUCACAAUAUAUUUGUGGCAAUAAUGUAUGCGCUUACAGCAUCAUAUCUCACAGAAUGCUGUAUGUAUUGACACUGUAUAUGACUCAGACUUUGUGUAGAUAAUAUAACACACGUUUCAUGGCUUUAUUAUUGCCAUUUCACCGCUGAUUAGGAACGUGUAUGAUAUCUUGACUCCACUAUAUUUGCACGUCAUUUAUAAUAGGUCAAUUGUUAUAUUAUAUACAGGAAUAGCAAAAGAACAGGCUCUAGAAUGAAAGAGUGCCGUUGUGAGGUGACGUGCAACUACAGUACAAUAUUGCUCAGAGAAACUGUCACAUAGGUAACGGAUAUCUAUGACAGAACUACAAUGAUCUGGUUGUUUUCUUCUUUUAAAGCAGAUCAAACAUAAAGAAUGGAGUUGGACCCAGUGGUAAAGUAUGUGACUGUUGUGUUCAGCUGGCUUCUCGUGGAAGUGCUGUGAUGUGAUGUGAACGAAGUGAUGAGUAGAUUUAAUGUCUCACUGGAGGGUUCAUUACUAGAUAGAAUAAGUUAUUGAAUGCCAUCUGCUGUCUCAGACACAAUCUAAAUGUCUUCAGUAGUUCUGCCCUGCCUCACAUUGUGUCAACAUCUGCUAUGAACAACUUAACAGUUAGAAUGGUCUGUCUGUGAUGUGAAGUAGAAACCAUGCAUAUGGGGUGUCUUAGCACUCUUCACAAUGAACGAGUGAGUGGACAAGGGGAUGGGUGCCUACCACUACCUCUCACAUUUUCAGCCACAUGAAUACAGGAACUUCACUAAAGGAACUGCCUGCACUGACUUACACACAAAUAUGACAUAUAUUCUACUGUAGAAAACAUUAGUACUUUCAUCUGGGGUUUACCUACAAUAUCGGUAGACAUAUGCAUACUAUACUCAUUACUCACAUUUGUCUGGGGCAUUCAGGAAGCAUACACUUGUGAUGAGGGACAGCAUUUUUUUCCAAUGAUCUUUUGGUGCAAAUACAAAAUAAUCCACUUUGUUUUCAUGUUGGCUAAAAGUCCCGUUGUUAGACUGAUCAAGCACACCGAAUGCAUCCAAAAGCACUUUAAGACUUGUAGCGCGAGUAUGUGAGGGCAUGGUAUAUGUUAAAACACAGCUCUGCUUAUAAAGAAUUUUUUUCUGUGUAGAUUUGAACAUUGAGUCAAUAAAGAAGGGAAAUCUGUGACAGAGAAAAGAGUCCAGACUUUGAUUGUACUGUGUGAAAUGUUAUAAUGGCAAGUAAAUAAAUA